AUGCAAAAAGAAACUGAAAAAUGUGGCCCCCCGAAAAUCACAAGUGGAGACGCCUCGAAGACAAACAGAGUGUACCUACGCCGAGAAGGUUUCCCGCAACUUGAGCAACACCAGCAGAAACCUCCUCGUUGGUUCAGCUCAGACCGAGAGGAAGCGACGCUCCAGACGCGGCAGGCAUCUAGAUCCAGCUCCAGAUCACGAUCAAGAUCGAGAUCAUCAUCAAAGACCCCGCAACAGCGGAAUAUUAGCAAGCCUGCGGAGGCCCCUGGCAAACCAAACAUGAAGAAAACACCGAGCAGCAGCUUGGAAACAAGCUCCGCCCAUGCCAGGGAAGAAGAAGCAGUAGCAGCAACCACUGGCCUUAGUACGCAGGACGUACAAAACAACCAACCAAACAAGCCUCUCCAGCCAGCCUCGACCAGGCAGCCCCUCAAGGUGCGGAUGAUCCAUCUAGCGGCCCGCGACCAAAGGUGGUUCCCACAGAACCACAGGUCCGAGCCCUCACCAGAGGAGGCGCCACUCGGCGAACGCGUCGCAGAUGCUGACGUGAUAUCUGUUGCUCACCCCAUGGCUGCCCAGUCCUUUGUUAGUCCUUCUAUCAUUGAAAAGACUUUGUCCCAAGGUGACGAGGUUUCCAUCAACGAGGACUCUAGCAGUACUAGGAGUGACAUGGCCCUGGAGAUAGACACCGACAGAACUCCUAGCGAGAUCAGCCGAGACAGUUUUGACGAAUUCAUGCCAUCUUCACUCAAGAGCCUCAGCACCAAGCGCCACGGAAUAUCCAGCAGCGACUCGGAGGUCCCCAGCAGAGACAGAAGUCCCCUGCGGACUUCGAUGCGGCCCCGGAAGCCCCAAGCUUCCGGUGGGUCGCCUGGUCGUAAGAAGUGA